AGGCGCGUAAAAAUGACGCGUCCGAUAUCUACAAAAACAGUUAGCAGCUAGAUAUGGCGGCGCUGCUACAAGGACUUCGAGUUGGAAGAGCCCUUCGAUGUCUUGGCAGCGUGGUAGUUCCAAAAACAUCCAGUCCCCAGUGUAAUGGCCUGAGACGAGGCUUGCACUGUGCUGAACUUCGGCUUCAGGAGGACAAGGACAAGUCCAUCCCAGUCCCUCCAUCCUCCACCGCAUCCCCGACUACAACCUUCCACGAGCAUUAUCAAGCUCACCCAUCUGAACAUGACACAGCCACAUCAACGCAGGAAGCUGCUGCUGAGGAGGCUCCCCAGCCCAACAUCAGUUAUGUAGACCAGAGUGGAGAAAAAGGAGAAGACUAUGAAACAGAGGAGCAACUACAAGCGCGCAUCCUUAACGCUGCGCUGGACUUUGUCCCACUACAUGGUUGGACUGUUGAAGCCAUUUCAGCAGGAGCUGAGACCCUGGGUCUCUCAGCAGCCUCCAGUGGAAUGUUCCAGAAUGGGGCAGGGGACCUGGUCCUGCACUUCAUCGCUCAGUCCAAUACCCAGCUAACAGAGCAACUGGCAGAGCAUCACAAUCAGGUCCAACUUGGUCAGGCAGAACCAAAGAAAACUGCUGAAUUUCUUAGGGAUGCAGUGGAAACCAGAUUGAGGAUGUUGACCCCAUACAUAAAUAAUUGGCCACAGGCUUUGAGUAUUCUGUUUCUGCCACACAACAUACCAAACAGUCUGAAGCACCUCUCCACCCUGGUGGAUGAUAUCUGGUACUAUGCUGGAGACCGCUCCACAGAUUUGAACUGGUAUACAAAACGAGCUGUACUGACAGGGAUCUAUAACACCACAGAGCUGGUGAUGGUACAGGACUCCUCAGAAGACUUUCAGGACACCUGGAACUUCCUUGACAACCGCAUCCAGGAUAUUGUCAACAUGGCCGACGCCGCCAAACAGGCGGCAUCUACAGGAGAAGCAGUGGUGCAGGGGCUUAUGGGAGCUGCUGUUACGCUGAAAAAUCUAACCGGAAUUAACCAGAGACGGUGAAACAAGAUGGCUAUUUCUGUUCCACCAUCCCCUCUGAUCUCUGACAGUCAGGAGUUUGUGUUUAAAACGGUUUUCCCUCACGCCCACUCCUAUCCCUUUUGUAUAAAGGACACAAAAAUGUGAUUGUAUUUGAAACAUUUUUGUUUGGCUCCAUUGAGAGUUCCUAAAUAAAUGACAGAUUAAUUACAACAGAA